AUGGACGACUACGACGACUCGAGCGCACUGCUCGACGACAUCUUUGCGUCCGUUGACGCGGCCGAGAACCCGGACGUAGUGGCGAACUCAUGCGAUGAAGAAAGCGACCUCGACGAGCCGAAGGAGCUUCCUCCGACGCAGACGGUGCCGGCGAUAACCGUCGCGGCUCACGCGCGCUUCGCAGGCGUUCCGAAAGGAACACCACUCCGCCGACCACUCGGACCAGCGACAACGACCAGAAGUCCCGCCUUAUUGAGGACGCCUGUCAGCGCUCAGCGUGCGCCGCCGCCAACGAGCUUAGGCGGCGGCGGGGAUUAUGAAUAUUGGAUGGUACAAUGUGAGUUAUAUCUGUCAAUGUAUGCAAGGCUAACUGGCGCAGAGACGUGGGACGGCGAUGCCUUCCUGAGGAUUUUCGGCCAGAGGGCAUCACUGUACUCGGAGGAAGGCAAAUUGUUCGACAAGACAAUCGGCGGUACUGGUAGAAGCGGUCCAGCUGAAGACGAAACGCCUAAGAAGACACCCGUCACCAUCGCGCGCGCGCCUCGACCCGCUUUCAAGUCACCCCUCUUAGAACGCCCAUACUCAGUUCCGAUUCAAAGCUCGCGGCUGCGCGGCAACUCGCAGUCUUCCGAACCACCAACCUCAUCCCCUGCCGUGGGGCCGUCAACUCCUCACUCUGCCACGCCGAAAGCGGUCGACCGUGGCUCGUCGCACUCGAAGCCUGCAGCGGCACCCAAACCUGUGGCCCCAUCCUCACGCCCCAGAGCCACGGCCAAGACAUCACCAAAGAAGAAGUUGCAUGUUGGCAGUGCGACAUCGGGGAAGGACAUCGAGGCAUGGGGAGGAGCGUUACACGACCCGAAUGCUCCUGGUGCAGUUGUCAUGGAGCGGCCGCCUGCAGAAGAGGCAGAACAGAGGAUCGGUCGAGCGCUCGUAGUCUGUCCAGCCACUCUGAUCAACAACUGGAAGAAGGAGUUCACAAAAUGCUUCGCAAUGAGAUCCUGUCAGCCCAAGAUCGACCUCAUCGUGUGCGAUGAAGGACAUCGCCUAAAGAAGUCUGGCGGCAGCAAGACUUCACGGAUGUUUGAUGAGCUUCACACGAGCCGGCGGAUCAGUGAGCCUCGCACAUCAAAUGGGGUGCUGACGACAGUUUUGUCCGGCACUCCAGUCCAGAACGACCUCGGCGAGUACUGGGCCAUGGCGAACUUCGUUUGCCCAGGCAUCAUGGGAACGUACUCUCAGUUCCAAAAACAGUACGAGAACCCGAUCGUCAGAGCUCGCGCGACAAGCUGCACACAGGCGGUCGCGGAGAAGGGCAGACUACUGUCCAAAGAGUGCGAAGAUGGGAACUAUGAUACGCCAGUUCCUCCCAAUGAAAGGUUGCGAACUCACCAGCGCAAGAAGGACGACGAGGAGGAUUUAGACGAGUCUGAGCUGAACAUGAGCGUUGCCCUCUCAACGGUUCCUAGGAGCCGCAAGCUCGACAUCUCGCUGAGCGGUGAGUGCGCUGCACAGGUGUUGACUGACGCGGUAGGCAAGCUGAUGGCUCUUGACCGGAUUUUGAAGCUCGUGCAUGCCACGCGAGAUGAGAAGGUAGUCGUGGUAUCAAGCUGGACCGCGACCUUGGACAUGAUUGAGGAGCUCUGCAAUAUGCGCAAAUACCGGGCAAGGCGUCUCGAUGGCAGCACACCGCAGAAGCAGCGCCAGGAGCUUGUUGACUCAUUCAACCGGGAGUCCAGAUUAGCCAGCAUGGUAUUUCUGCUGAGCACCAAGGCGGGCGGAGCCGGCAUCAACCUGAUCGGAGCCUCGAGGCUCGUGCUCUUCGACAGCGAUUGUGAUGGCCAGAAGAAGCAGGUGUACAUCUAUCGUCUGCUUACCGCGAACACGAUCGACGAGAAGAUCUACCAGCGACAGCUGACGAAGGUGGGACUGUCGGAGCAGAUGAUGGGCCAGGGUGUCGCGACCGGCGGGAAAGAUUCGAAGGACUAUGACCUGCUCGAGUGUAACUGUCAGGGGAAGGGCACCGUCGAACAGAGACGCGACUCUGCGAGCACCAUCAUGGCCGAGGACUCCGAGGACAGCGAUGAUGAUCCCAUGGAGAGGUCCUUCGUCAUGGCGAGUCAGUACGACGGCGCGAGUGAGCGGCGCAAGGAGGCACGAGCCCAGAGGGCGAAGCUUGCCGCGCUCAAGGAGUGGUCGCACGUCAACGCGCUGGACUAUCAGUGUUUCAAGCACCUAAAAGACACGCUGCUGCACAACGAUCUCAGCGAGCGAGCCACGGCUCUGCCCAAGAUCAUCCCGAGCGUGACCAUUCCCGCUAACGGCGAUGCGGCGGAUGAUCCCCCUCCCCGUAAGAAGACUCGUCGUGUUAUCAGUGACUCGGAAGGCAGCGACACGGAGCCGAUCAUCGCGGACAACGACGGCGCCAACGACAGUUUCAACGAGGACGAGGAUGGCGGACGCGACUUACCGCCGAUUGUCAAAGUCGAGGGCGAUAUCACCGACGUCAGCGACGAUGAGGACCCGCCCCGCCCUUCACUGCGUGUCAAGGUUGAGAACGGGGCAUCGCGGGAGGGCAGCGUCGCCUCUGCCGGUCGCAAACGCCGCGCCGACUCGACUGAGUCCGGAAACGCGAUCGAGACGUAUGACCUGCGGGAGCUCGCGGAUCAAGGACACGGCGGACGAGUCCUGUUUGUGUUCGAGAAGGUCGCAAAGCCGCAGUACGGCUGA